AUGACAGGUCAGGUCCGGGGGGAACCGGGCCGCCGGGCUCACAUGGAUGACAACGCCGCCAUCCGCAUCAACGUGGGCGGCUUCAAGAAGCGUCUCCAGUCCGACACUCUCUCCCGGUUCCCCGAGACAAGGCUUGCGCGUCUACUCCACUGUCAGUCCAAAGAGUCCAUCCUGGAGCUGUGUGACGACUACGACGACACAGAGAAAGAGUUUUACUUCGACAGGAACCCGGCACUCUUCCCCUACGUGUUGAAUUUCUACAACACCGGGCGGCUGCAUGUCAUGGCCGAGCUGUGCAUCUUCUCCUUCAGCCAGGAGAUCGAGUACUGGGGCAUCAACGAGUUCUUUAUUGACUCCUGCUGCAGCAGCGCCUAUCACUGUAGGAAGAUGGACCAGGACAGGGAUGACUGGGAGGACCGGAGUGAUGAAGGGAGCACCACUUCAUCAUUUGACGAGCUCUUGGAGUUUUAUAACGACGCCACCAAGUUUGACAAGCAGAUGCUCGGGAGCGCACGGAGGCGCAUGUGGUUAAUGCUGGAUAACCCCGGCUACUCCGUGGCCAGCCGCAUCAUCAGCAUCCUCUCCAUCCUGGUGGUGCUCGGCUCAAUCGCCACUAUGUGCAUGAACAGCAUGAGCGAGUUCAGCCUGUUGGACAGCGAGGGGCAACCCACAGAGGACCCCCGUUUCGAGACUGUGGAGCACUUUGGCAUCGGCUGGUUCACUCUGGAGCUGGUGGCCAGGUUCGUGGUGGCACCGGAUUUGCUGCACUUCUUCGAGCACCCGUUAAACUUGAUAGACCUGGUGUCCAUACUUCCGUUUUACCUGACACUCCUUAUAAACCUGGUGGCGGAGAGCAGCCCGACGCUGGCCAAUCUGGGACGCGUUGCGCAGGUGUUGAGGCUGAUGAGGAUUUUCCGCAUCCUGAAGCUGGCCCGUCACUCCACAGGGCUGCGCUCCCUGGGUGCCACGCUCAGGAACAGCUACAAAGAAGUGGGCCUGCUGCUUCUCUACCUGGCCGUCGGGGUGUCCUUUUUCUCCGUCAUGGCCUACACAGUGGAGAAAGAGGACAGCGAGGAUCUCUCCACAAUCCCGGCGUGCUGGUGGUGGGCCACCGUUAGCAUGACCACUGUCGGGUACGGAGACGUGGUCCCGGUGUCCAUAGCGGGUAAGCUGACUGCCUCGGCGUGCAUCCUGGCAGGGAUCUUAGUAGUUGUGCUUCCGAUUACGCUCAUUUUCAAUAAAUUCUCCCUCUUCUACAAGAGACAAAAACAGCUGGAGAUCGCAAUGAGAAGCUGCGAUUUCGACGAGGGGAUAAAAGAGGUGCCCUCAGUCAACCUGAGGAACUAUUACGCACACAAAGUCAAAUCCCUCAUGGCGAGCCUGUCAAACAUGAGUCGGAGUUCACCUAGUGAACACAGUCUGAAUGAGUCAAUACACUGA